AUGCAGCCCUCACCCUGGAGCGGCGGCGGCGGCGGAUCGAGGAGCUCUCGAGGUCCUCCCGGCAGCGGCUGCUGCAGUCGCGGGACAGGAUGUUCUCCAAGUUCACCUCCAUCCUGCAGCACGCCGUGGAGGCGCUUGCACCUUCCCUUCCAUUACAAGAAGAUUUUGUUUACCACUGGAAAGCAAUCACCCAUUACUACAUAGAGACCUCAGAUGACAAAGCUCCUGUGACUGAUACGAACAUUCCCUCUCACCUGGAACAGAUGUUGGAUAUUCUAGUUCAAGAAGAAAAUGAGAGGGAAUCGGGUGAAACAGGACCAUGCAUGGAAUAUUUGCUGCAUCACAAGAUUUUGGAGACACUCUACACACUAGGAAAAGCUGAUUGUCCUCCAGGAAUGAAACAGCAAGUUCUGGCUUUUUAUACAAAACUUCUUGGAAGAAUAAGGCAACCUCUUCUUCCCCACAUAAAUGUGCAUAGGCCAGUGCAGAAAUUAAUCAGGCUCUGUGGUGAGGUUCUGGCAACACCAACAGAAAAUGAAGAAAUUCAGUUUCUGUGUAUAGUAUGUGCAAAACUGAAGCAGGAUCCAUACCUGGUCAACUUCUUCCUUGAGGUCAUUGAGGAUCCUGUUUUGCACCUUUGCAGGAGGCAGAGCAAGUUAAAAGCAAUGGCUCUCCAAGGAUCAGCAAGUGUAAUCACAGAAGACAUGAUAAAAGACCAAGAUUCCGUGGCAGCAGACACGGGGCAGCCUGGGCAGCCUGAGGAGACACCUGGUGCUGCCGGAGCCGAGCACAUGGAGAAGGAGGAUGAGCUCCCACAACAGGCAGAGGAGCUCUCUUUCAGUCUGGAUGAACUCAAUGUCACAUCGUCACCUGAGUCCUCCACUGCUGGUCCAAAUCAAGACUAUAAUUUAGUGAAUUCUCUACUAAACCUCACUAAAAGUCCUGACGGCCGGAUAGCAGUGAAGGCCUGUGAAGGUCUCAUGCUUUUGGUGAGUUUGCCAGAACCAGCAGCUGCCAAGUGCCUGACUCAAAGCACUUGUUUAUGUGAAUUGUUGACAGACAGGCUGGCCACCCUCUACAAAGCCUUGCCUCAGUCACUGGAUCCCUUAGACAUUGAAACAGUGGAGGCAAUUAACUGGGGUUUGGAUUCCUACAGCCACAAAGAAGAUGCAUCUGCUUUUCCAGGGAAAAGAGCAUUGAUUUCAUUUCUUUCUUGGUUUGACUACUGUGAUCAACUCAUCAAAGAAGCACAAAAGACGACUGCUGUUGCUAUGGCAAAAGCUGUGAGGGAACGAUUCUUCAUUGAUGUUAUGGAACCUCAGCUGAUGCAAACUUCAGAGAUUGGAAUCCUCACGUCAACUGCACUGUUGCACCGCAUUGUUCGUCAGGUGACUUCGGAUGUCCUGCUGCAGGAGCUGGUGUAUUUUAUCCUUGGAGAGCACAGGGAGCCAGAAACCCUGACAGACAUCAACAGGCAUCCAUUGCGGCACAGGCUGAUCGAGCACUGUGAUCACAUUUCUGAUGAGAUCAGCAUAAUGACUUUACGAAUGUUUGAGCACCUUUUGCAAAAACCCAAUGAGCACAUUCUUUAUAAUUUGGUUCUGAGAAAUUUGGAAGAAAGAAACUACAUGGAAUACAAGCCUCCCUGUCAAGAAGAUAAAGAUGUGGUAGAGAAUGGACAGAUUGCUGGAGCAGUAGAUCUGGAGGAAGAUCCAUUAUUUACUGAUCUGUCUCCAGAUAACACAUUGUCAGCUCAGGAGUGGCUCAGUACUUCUCCACCUGUCAGUCCAGAACAUCCAAAAAAUGAUGGGAAGACUGAAGUUCAUAAAAUUGUAAAUAGUUUUCUCUGUCUUGUACCUGAUGAAGCAAAGUCAUCAUACCAUGUGGAGGGUACAGGUUAUGAUACUUACCUCAGAGAUGCCCACAGACAAUUCCGGGAUUAUUGUGUCAUUUGCUUACGGUGGGAGUGGCCUGGAUCUCCCAGAUCUUUGGAAAAGUGCAAUUUGGAAGCGUCAUUCUUUGAAGGACACUUCUUGAAAGUUCUGUUUGAAAGAAUGGGGAGGAUUCUUGAUCAGCCCUAUGAUGUAAAUUUACAAGUUACGUCAGUGUUGUCCAAACUGUCCCUGUUUCCCCAUCCUCACAUACACGAAUACCUUCUGGAUCCUUACGUCAACCUCGCCUCUGGCUGCAAGUCUCUCUUCUCUGUGAUUGUCAGGGUGGUCGGGGACCUCAUGGUUAGAAUCCAGCGCAUCCCAGAUUUCACUCCCAAACUUCUGCUGGUCAGAAAACGCCUGCUGGGCUUGGAGCCAGAAGGGCCGAUCAUUGACCACAUGACGUUACUAGAGGGCGUGAUUGUGCUGGAAGAGUUCUGCAAGGAGCUGGCGGCGAUCGCCUUUGUCAAGUACCACACCUCAGCCACGCCCUGAGCAGCCCGGCCCCGCCGGAGACAAGGCGGUGCCUCCCGGCCGUGGCAGGGGAUGUUGGGAAGACAGGUUGCUUUCACCAGAUGUUGAGAUUGCAAAUGGACUUGGAAUAUGAGCAAAGGCAUUUGGGGAGAAACCAAUACACAGCAUUUCUAGACCCUGUGUGAAGAGCUGCAAAAGCUGCAUGAAGAACCACAGCCAUCAGACCUUGGUUAUUCUGAUGACAAUGUUGAGAGAGUUUGGGCUCUUGUGUGUCCUGGGGCUCACAUGCAACAAUUUGCUCUUUGUGACCAUAUUACUUUUUAAAAAGCAAAUUAAUUUUAUAACAUUUUUAUGUCUUGAUACUUUUUCUUUUCAGUUAGAUGUAUGAAAGAAAAACACACCUAUAGUUGCAACGUAUGUUAUUAAAAAUGAAGAAAUUCAAAAAAAUCCACCAAUCCAUAUGCAACAGGAUAUGUUAAUGAGGGAUCAUUUUGCUUUUGGUAGAUCUUAAGUACAGCUCUGAGCUUGAUUCCUCAUUGGUUUACUCCAAGAAAUCUAUCAGUCUAAAAUCAAUACUAAAGAAAUUAAUCCUGAUUCGGCAUCACAUCCAUAACAAAUAUAUCUGAAGUGUGCAUGUUUGUA